AUGCUCAUUGAGGUUCUUCUCGUCGAGAACCUCAACCGCAUCCUCCGCGACGUCCGCUCGAUCAGCGUUAACACGCAGACGAUGCAGAAGCGCUUCUUUGUGCGGCCCAGGCUCUCGCAGUCCCCCAUGCCGGACGAGGAGAUGCAGGACGCAGAGGAGGCCAGGCCCAGGGCCUCCCCCUUUUUCAACCGCAGGAGGAUGCCGAGCGGCGACCUGACCAAGAUCGGGGAGUGCGACCUGCUCGCCUGCGUAAACUGGAGGAAGUACGAGAACCAGAUCAACAAGUACAUCAACGCCUGGAACAAAUACAGUGUUUGUAACCAGAUCAACAAGUACAUCAACGCCUGGAACAAAUACAGUGUUUGUAACCAGAUCAACAAGUACAUCAACGCCUGGAACAAAUACAGUGUUUGUAACCAGAUCAACAAGUACAUCAACGCCUGGAACAAAUACAGUGUUUGUAACCAGAUCAACAAGUACAUCAACGCCUGGAACAAAUACAGUGUUUGUAACCAGAUCAACAAGUACAUCAACGCCUGCUUCUCGACGAACAGCAAGGUCCACGCCGCCGCCAUCCUCAACUUCAACCCCAAGGGUUACACCGAGUGCUGCCUCUACGACGUCACCUGCAGGCACACCCCUCCCUCCCUCCCUCCCUACCUUUGGUGUCUAGUCGUACGAAUGAAGGGGUCACACCUCCCUCUUCCCACCCCAAUCCCUGAAGAACAGGCUGCUGUUCCAUGCCGUCGCGAGCUCCGAGUCCGGCCCCUUGCUCCUGCGCCUGAAGGUGGACGCAUCCCUGAGCUCCCCGACCUCGGUCGGGUCAAAGCUUGGUUGCCUUGUCCUCGUUGUUUGCACGAACUCCAGGAAGCCACAUCAGGGGCACGGGGGCCAACGCUCGGAGCGUGUGGAACUGGUACUUACCUGCGUCCCAAAUGGGAUGCUCCUUUCCAGCGGCUCGAGGGGGAUCGUGCUCUUCCCCCUCUCCAGCGGCUUGGCGAGCGAGAAGGCCAUCACCGAGCUGUCAGCGCUGAACUGGCCCAUCGCGUACAUGAGCCACCUGGCGUAGUAGCGGUACACCUGUAUGUCGUCCUCCAUGAUCACGAAGAGAUCCUCAUCCGACAGGGGAUGGUAGGCCUUGAGCCACAGGUUCAUCGACCCCUGGUGCUCAAGCUCCUGCACGUGGUUGACGUUCCCGUGCGUCCAGGAGAGCCUCUGCACCAGCUUCAUGGUCACAGGGCACAGCACGUUGUUCUUGGGAACGUCCUGCCUGAUCAGGAGGUCGACCCUCAGGCCUCUGUCGUACCUGGCGAGCGAGUUGAGCAGUCGCUCAAGGCUGUGGGGGUCGGUGGUGGGCGCUACCCGCUUAUCUGCGACCCGGGUGGUGAAACGGCGUGUCCGCUUCCCAAUGUGUGUUAUAUGAGACCGGUUGGAGCGGGGGUUGCAAGAGGUAUAUUGGUUACGGAUGCCAGCAACAGGAAUUUCAUCGCCAACUCUGUCAUGGCCUACAUCUCCUCGAUGAACGUAUGGACCUGCUGCCUCAGCAACGUGCACCUGCACGUAUGUGGCGACCGAGCUCUCCAUACCAUAGAGUUCGAUCGCUCCCCCAAAUCCCACGUCGACCCGGAUAAGUCCCGCCCUGACGUCACGAUCAACAUCAAGCACAACCGGAACAAGGCCCACAUCUAUUUUGAGUGUGAUUCCAGGAUCAAGACGAACAAGGAGCCCUCAUGCAACACCAAGUCAGACCUCUGCAGCCAGCUCUGGGACCUGAUCUAUCUCGUUUGUGGGGACAUGUUCGAGUACAUAAAGAACAUCGUGGGCUCUGUCACCCUGUCGACCAUCAAGACCGCACGGGUCCUCGCUGUACAUGCUGAAGACCGACAAGAGAACUUCACUGAGGAUCUCGUCGCCGACGCCCCCCUAAACUGCAUCAGCAUCAACGACCUCAUCACGCAGUACAAGCUGCCAAACUUCCUCAUUUGCAGCGACAUCAUGUUCAGCCGCUACAUCGUUGUCUCUACGCAGCAUGUCCCCUUUAUUGUGAUCAUCGAUGACGAGCUGGAGGUGGCACUGAGGAUGAAGGGGCUGUCCUACAUCUACGGCAAGGUGUACAGCGUGACCCCGGCCAUGAUCAACCUGGGGAAGAUGCACCUCUUGCGAGGGAAGAACAAAUCAGGAGUUCGCUGUCUCUCUGAGUCUUCAGGAAUGCUCUUCAGCUUUCUCUUCCAACAGGAGUCGCAUGUCAUCGACACCAUGCUCAGCGGCGUGGAGCCGAUUGAGAAGGCUUGCGAGACCUCGUUGAAGGGAUGCAACAAUUGCCCGAAGAAGAAGAAAGAACAUCCCUUCUCCCCCCAGUAA